UUGAGGAGAAUGAAUAUAAUUCAUGAAUAUAUUUGCAAUUUUAUUAGUUAAGCGAUUAUUAUUUUUUUCAAUAAAGACUUCCUUUUCUAAAUAUUUUUAAGAUUUUUAACAAGUAAUUAACAAAAAAGCUAAAUGAAUUAUUAAAGGGAUAUGAAUAAUAUAUAGCAAAUGCUAGGGAUUCUACUCCAGUUGCCAGACCCUAAUUAAAUGCUUAAAGCUAGUAAGCCGUUAGAUAGAGAGGAAGGAUAAAUUUAAGUUAUCGAAUAAGGAGUAGUUUAAAAAUAUAAGUGGCAGGGAGCCUUACCUAGUAAAUUGAGAGAUGAAAAACUUCAGCUUAAUUUUGAUAAACAAACAAAUAAAAUCAAGCACAAUUCAUCUUUAUUAAGCUAUUCUUAACAGAUCAAUCAUUAGAAUUCUAUUUAAAACAAAAGAGAGCAUAUUCAAAUGAGGUAGUCAAAUAAAUUUCAAAAUCAAAGCUUUUCUGUUGAUUAUCGUUCAAAAGAGCCUAUUAGUUCAUAUAGACACAACAAUAACUUAUCUUAAACCAAUUAUGAUGAAAGCUUAGGUUUCAACUAGAAUUAAUCUGUUUUUAUAUAAAAGAAUAACUUCUUUGAUAGCUCUUUAACUCCAAACUCAACAACUAAUCGCAAGAAUCAAUAAUAUUAACAUUCUCUAUUUACAAAUACCAAUAAUUUACUCUCUCCUAAAAAUAAUUCUUUCCAUAACAAUUAAAUUAGAAUGAGUAUUUCUGAAAAAGCGCAAUAGCCCUAAGAGCCCAAAUAAGUUUCAAUUAAAUAUAUAGGUGUGCAUAACGAUAUGAUUGGAGUUCUUUCAAGAAAGAUACCUAUGGAAUAGUAAGUAGAAAAAAUUACUAAAUGUAAACAAAUUCAGUUAGAAAGAAGAAUAAAAAGUGGAGCAGGCUUUAGAUAAAAAAUAAUUGAAAACUAGCAGAAUUUUUAAGGUGAUCAAGCACAAAAUUAAGAAAUAAUUGCUCAACAAUAAAGGAAUAAGAUUUUCAUAAACAUCAAAUCAUCUUAAAAAAAAAGGUUAAAUGCUGAAAAUUAAAAUGAAGAGCUUAAGAAUAAUUUAAUUUAAGAGACAGGCACAACAAAUGAUAACACUUUAUCUCCCAUGUUAGAAGCAAAGAGUAGAGAAAAACUUCUGAAUAUAAGCUAGUAGCUAUACGAUAUUAAAGAAAAAGAGGAGGGAGAAAUCAUCUUAAGCUCAAGAGAACUAUAUCCAGACCAUACCAAUGGCAAUCGAGAUUUAAAAAAGUAGCAUUAAAAUGCAUUGAGAUAGGUUUUAGAAGAACAAGAUUUUUAAUCAAAGGUUGCUUCACCUCUUAUUGAUAUAAAAGCAAGUCAAGAUAGUAAGAGAGUAGAAAAUACUCAUUCAACUUUAAGCAGCACUUAAUAGCAGAGAUAUAAUCACAGCAGUAUUUAAAAAAAUGAUAAAAAUAUAUAACUAUUUUACACAAAUGAUUCAAGACCAAAUACAACAGCUCAUUCAAGAAAUUAUUACAACUAUGCUGGAGCAUCACCAAUGAAUUCUUAGAAUAAAUAAUAAAUAUAAUAGUAAUAAUCUUAUAGAGCUUAAAGUCUAAACUAAUAACGAAGGGUUGUUUAAAAUGAUCCCAAUAUUGAAAUUGCUCUAGAAAAUAAUUAAAUUAAAAUAGAUAAAUUAAUGAAUAAUACAUAAAAUAAUUUUUAGUUAAAAAUAUAAGAAAUGCCAGAUCCAAGCAAAUAUGAUAAAUUUAUAGUCACAAAAUACUCUUUAGAAAGAAAAUUAACAGCUUUAAAAAAAAAGAGAGAGGAAAACCCAAAUUUCAGCAAAAAGUAAUUCUACGUUGUUUGGAAUAAUUAGCAAAUAAAUUGUGUUAAUAGUAUUUUAUGA